GUGGGGACCCAGCUUUGCCUGGAGGGUGCACAUGACUCCUGUCCCAUCCCAGCUCUUUCCCUAGGCACGGACAGAGGGGAUUUUCUGGCGGCUGCUGUUGGUGAGCUCACACCGUGGGCAUUCCUCCAGAGCUAGAGAGGCAGGGCAGGUUGCUGCUCCAGCUUUGCUGGAAACCUUGGAGCUCCCAGAGCGUGUGGAAGCAGUGCUGGUCCAUCCAGGGAUCCCAGGGUGCUGAGGAUGCCGAGCAUUUUCUCCUACCAGAGUGCCGAGGUGGAUUGGUGUGAGAGCAACUUCGUGCGCUCGGCGGUGAUCGCCGAGUACUACAACACCAUCAGCAAUGUGAGCUUCUUUCUGCUGUCCCCUGCGCUGCUGUACCUGAACAGGCAGUACUGCCAGAAGAAGGCUGUGCCCCUCUACUUUGUCUCAGGGCUGCUCAUCCUCGUAGGUCUCUUCUCCAUGUACUUCCACAUGACCCUGAGCUACGUGGGACAGCUCCUGGAUGAGCUCUCCAUCCUCUGGACGCUGGCUGUGGCUUAUUCCUUCUGGUACCCUCAGGCUUACUUCCCCAAGUGCAUCAAGACCAGGAGACAUUUCUUCUGGCUGACUGGAAUCACCACCGUGAUCAGCACCCUGAUGUCCUUUGUCAAGCCCACCCUCAACGCCUACGCGCUCAACUGCAUCGCCUUCCACCUGCUCUACCUGACCUGGAAGGAGCUCAAGAAGUGCAAUGACAAGCGUGUUCACCGGAUGGCCGCGGUCAUGGUGAUGUGGUGGGCCCUGGCCAUCACCAGCUGGAUCAGUGACCGCUGGCUCUGCUGGCUCUGGCAGGCCAUCAACUUCCCCUACUUCCACAGCUUCUGGCACGUGCUGAUAGCCCUGUCCCUGCUGUACUGCUGCCCUCUGGUCAUCUACUUCGACGUCAGCUACGAGAUGCCCUCGUUCAAGCCGAAGCUGGAAUACUGGCCCAGCGACUCGUGGCCUGUUGUGGUGCCCUAUGUCACCCUGGAGGAGCCCCACAAGCAGUGCUAGAGCUCUGGGGUGCCCUCAGGCCUCCCUGGGCACAGGCUGUGUGUGAUGCUCACACUCGGUUGUGCUCCUCCUGCUCCUCAGGCAGUGCAAGGGGCAGGGAGCAGCUGAGGCCUCGUGGUGCUGGGCAUGAAGCAAGGAGGGAGCCCACAGGUGCCUCAGGAGGCUCUGCCCAGACUGGUGUUCAGGGAGCUGGAGGUUUCCUCCAGCAGCUCCCCAUGAGUGGGGAGGGACAUGGUGCUGCUUCUGUGUCCUCUGUGUUAGUGCAGCACCAGCAGCCCUUGCUGACAAGGGCACAGCGCACAACACUGAAGCCAAACUGGUGACAGCUGGGUUUGCUGGGGCUGCUCUAAUUAUUAUUAUUACCUCUAUUUAUUGAUGUAUGUGGUUUUACUCAGGACAGCUGUGCAUUAAAGCUGUGGACAUUGACUUAU